GCUCAGCUGUGCAGGGGGCAGCAGGCCGGUUCCCGAGGUGGCCCAGGCGCCCUCCCGCCGCCGGCGCCGCCCGGGCCGUCCCUCCCCGCCGCCCCCCGCCCUCCGCCUCCGCCUCCCCCCGCCCUCCGCCUCCCUUCCCCCUCCCCGCCCAGCAGCGGUCGCUGGGGCCAGGCUCUCGGUUAUAAGAUGGCGGCGCUGAGCGGCGGCGGCGGCGGCGCGGAGCAGGGCCAGGCUCUGUUCAACGGGGACAUGGAGCCCGAGGCCGGCGCCGCGGCCUCUUCGGCUGCGGACCCGGCCAUUCCCGAGGAGGUGUGGAAUAUCAAACAAAUGAUUAAGUUGACACAGGAGCAUAUAGAGGCCCUACUGGACAAAUUUGGUGGGGAGCAUAAUCCACCAUCAAUAUAUCUGGAGGCCUAUGAAGAAUACACCAGCAAGCUAGAUGCCCUCCAACAAAGAGAACAACAGUUAUUGGAAUCCCUGGGGAAUGGAACUGAUUUUUCUGUUUCUAGCUCUGCAUCAACAGACACCGUUACAUCUUCUUCCUCUUCUAGCCUUUCAGUGCUGCCUUCAUCUCUUUCAGUUUUUCAAAAUCCCACAGAUGUGUCACGGAGCAACCCCAAGUCACCACAAAAACCUAUCGUUAGAGUCUUCCUGCCCAAUAAACAGAGGACAGUGGUACCUGCAAGGUGUGGAGUUACAGUCCGGGACAGCCUGAAGAAAGCACUGAUGAUGAGAGGUCUAAUCCCAGAGUGCUGCGCUGUUUACAGAAUUCAGGAUGGAGAGAAGAAACCAAUUGGCUGGGACACUGAUAUUUCCUGGCUUACUGGAGAGGAAUUGCAUGUAGAAGUGUUGGAGAAUGUUCCACUUACAACACACAACUUUGUACGGAAAACUUUUUUCACCUUAGCAUUUUGUGACUUCUGUCGAAAGCUGCUUUUCCAGGGGUUCCGCUGUCAAACAUGUGGUUAUAAAUUUCACCAGCGUUGUAGUACAGAGGUUCCACUGAUGUGUGUUAAUUAUGACCAACUUGAUUUGCUGUUUGUCUCCAAGUUCUUUGAACACCACCCAAUACCACAGGAGGAGGCCUCCUUAGCAGAGACUACCCUUACGUCUGGAUCAUCCCCUUCUGCACCCCCCUCCGAUUCUAUUGGGCCCCCAAUUCUCACCAGUCCGUCUCCUUCAAAAUCCAUUCCAAUUCCACAGCCUUUCCGACCAGAUGAAGAUCAUCGAAAUCAGUUUGGACAACGAGACCGGUCUUCAUCAGCUCCAAAUGUGCAUAUAAACACCAUAGAACCUGUCAAUAUUGAUGACUUGAUUAGAGACCAAGGGUUUCGUAGUGAUGGAGGAUCAACCACAGGUUUAUCUGCCACGCCCCCUGCCUCAUUACCUGGCUCACUCACUAAUGUGAAAGCAUUACAGAAAUCUCCAGGACCUCAGCGAGAAAGGAAGUCAUCUUCAUCCUCAGAAGACAGGAAUCGAAUGAAAACACUUGGUAGACGGGAUUCAAGUGACGAUUGGGAGAUUCCUGAUGGGCAGAUCACGGUGGGACAAAGAAUUGGAUCCGGGUCAUUUGGGACAGUCUACAAGGGAAAGUGGCAUGGUGAUGUGGCAGUGAAAAUGUUGAAUGUGACAGCACCCACACCUCAGCAGUUACAGGCCUUCAAAAAUGAAGUAGGAGUACUCAGGAAAACUCGACAUGUGAAUAUCCUACUCUUCAUGGGUUAUUCAACAAAGCCACAACUGGCUAUUGUUACCCAGUGGUGUGAGGGCUCCAGCUUAUAUCAUCAUCUCCACAUCAUUGAGACCAAAUUCGAGAUGAUCAAACUUAUAGAUAUUGCACGGCAGACUGCACAGGGCAUGGAUUACUUACACGCCAAGUCAAUCAUCCACAGAGACCUCAAGAGUAAUAAUAUUUUUCUUCAUGAAGACCUCACAGUAAAAAUAGGUGAUUUUGGUCUAGCCACAGUGAAAUCUCGAUGGAGUGGGUCCCAUCAAUUUGAACAGUUGUCUGGAUCCAUUUUGUGGAUGGCACCAGAAGUAAUCAGAAUGCAAGAUAAAAACCCAUAUAGCUUUCAGUCAGAUGUAUAUGCAUUUGGGAUUGUUCUGUAUGAAUUGAUGACCGGACAGUUACCUUAUUCAAACAUCAACAACAGGGACCAGAUAAUUUUUAUGGUGGGACGAGGAUAUCUAUCUCCAGAUCUCAGUAAGGUACGGAGUAACUGUCCAAAAGCCAUGAAGAGAUUAAUGGCAGAGUGCCUAAAAAAGAAAAGAGAUGAGAGACCACUCUUUCCCCAAAUUCUCGCCUCUAUUGAGCUGCUGGCCCGCUCAUUGCCAAAAAUUCACCGCAGUGCAUCCGAACCCUCUUUGAAUCGGGCUGGCUUCCAAACAGAGGAUUUUAGUCUGUAUGCUUGUGCUUCUCCAAAAACACCCAUCCAGGCAGGGGGAUAUGAUUGGAGAGACCUGGGCUUGAACAGUAGGCAUGUCCUGCCGGAGCGUCUAGUGCAGGACUCCCUCCCUGAGCACGGCAGGAGCCAGCGCAGGAGCUAGUUAUGGAGGGAGCUUAGCACUGGCAUUUUCAAAACAGAAUUCAAGGUGAUACACUGUUUUCUUCCCUUUCUUUUUAGAAUAGAUUGCUAUCUCAUUUGAAAAAUCUCAUUUCUUAAAUGAAGCUGUGCCCAGAAGCCAGGCUCAGGGUAUUCUUGAGAGAUUUGUAUAGAGCCCUUAAAAAAUAAAAAUUUUAGCAUUUCCCUUUUCUUCCUUUUCUCCAUUAAAUACUUUUUCUCUAGUUUACAAAUGGCAUGGAAAAGGAAUUUCCCCUGAGUUUUACAUGCUUAUUUUGAUGCUUAGACUACAGAUAGACUUGAGCUCCUAAGAAAAUACAAGGAAAGAACUCCUUGUUUGUUGUGCAGUGCACUUUAUGAGUAGUUUGUAUUGAUAUUAUGUGGCUGCUUUACUGACGAGCUUGUAAGGCUGUACUUAUCUGUCUUUCCUGUAAGGCGGCUGCAGUGCCUUCUGUAGUGUAUUUUAUUUUGGAUAAGGAGAGGUGACACCUGAAAAAUUUCAGAGCAACCAUAAAAGAUUGUUUUAAAGUAUGUAGUAUUCCUGAUGGACUUUUUCAUCAUUAAACUAGUCUAGGGUCUAAACUUUUACCACUGAAAUAAUAUUGACCAAAAAGUAAUUUAUAAAAGGGAUUUGUGAAUAGAAAAUCCACUGUAAUCAUUUGUACUUAAGUGCACUCUUAAAAGAAGAUUCUGUCUCGCUGUCAAAUUCUGGUUCCUUGACAUCCAAUCCCUGGUUGUGUUUGCGAUCUGGUAGGACAUGCUGAGGCAAGCUAGAAGAUAAAAUCCCAUAUACUUUAGUAUACGUGUUAUAUUUAUGUCAGUGUUGGAGAAGGAAGAGCAGUUACUUAGUAAUAAAGAUCCGAGACUUCAACACUGUCAACCUGAAACUUUGUAAAUAUUUCCUAAAUUCUUGUUUGGUGCGGUCACAGCUCUUUAUCACACAGUGUUAUCCUUUACUCAUCAGGCAAUUUUGGAACUGCUGCACGCCCCUCUUCAGAUCUCACCUGCCCCUCCCGUACAUUCACCUCUCCAGCCUUGUGCACACCUCAUUUAGCUUUACUUUGAAACACAUUGCAGGGUUCAGGUGACCUCUUCAAAAACUACCUCCUCAGAAUGAGGUAAUGAAUAGUUAUUUAUUUUAAAAUAUGAAAAGUCAGGAGCUCUAAAACAUGAAGAUGAUUUAAGAUUUUAACUUUUAUGUGUACUUGUAUUUGAGCAUUCUCAUUUUGUCCUAAAGGGCAUUAUACAUUUAAGCAGUAAUACUGAAAAAUGUAGCUCAGAGUAUCUGAAUGUUGUUGAAAGUGGUGCCAGAAUCUGUUUAGGGGUACGUUUCAGAAUUUUUAACCUUAUAUCGGUUGCAUGAAAUUAAAUAGUUAAUGGUAACACUUCACUAACAGUGAUAUAAUUUUAAUUUUUGGUAGGCUUAGCAAGACAGUACAUCUUCAUAAUGAGUUAGCCGCAGCUUCGUCACAUGCACAGAUGCUCCUGUAGAGAGACUGCCCAGUUAAGAGGGUAGAAUGAUGACCCAUUUUGCAAGAUUCUCUUCUUUGUCCAAAUUGGCAUUCUUUGUGCUAGAAUAUCAGCACUUUGAGACUAGCGAUUUCAACCAUUAGACUAUUAAAAAGCAAAACAAACCAAAAAACCAUAGCCAGACAUGGAAAGUUUACUGUGAGUAUAAACAGCAAAUAGCUUACAGGUCAUACAUUGAAAUGGUGUAGGUAAGGCUCUAGAAAAAUACCUUGACAAUUUGCCAAAUGAUCUUACUGUGCCUUCAUGAUGCAAUAAAAAAAGCUAAAAUUUUAGCAGAAAUCAGUGAUUUGUGAAGAGAGCAGCCACCCUGGUCUAACUCAGCUGUGUUAAUAUUUUUUAGCGUGCAAUUUAGACUGCAAAGAUAAAUGCACUUAAGAGUUUAUAGCCAAAAUCAUGUUUAAAAAAAUGAGAAGACACACAGGUAAAUUUUCAGUGAACAAAAUUAUUUUUUUAAAGCACAUAAUCCCUAGUAUAGUCAGAUAUAUUUAUCACAUAGAGCAAAUAGGUUG